CCUCCGGAGGCGCCUUAUGCAGAGCACUGGGGCAUUUUAAAUUAAAGUCUUCAUUAAACAAUGGUUCUGCAGGCAACAGUUCCCGAUUCAAGGCCCCCCAGCUUCUGCGGAGGGUGCAAGAGGGUGUAGGGAGGGUAGAAGAGUGGGCGAAGCUACUGGUUGGAGCCUGGAAUCAGUGCAUUGCCCCUUUAAUUGUGUCCCCGGCCCUCGGGCGUUUCUGUCCAACGCCCACGUCAGCAAAUACCUUUUGUUUCUCUCACGUGGGGGCUAUUAGUUUAAGGGCGGCAGGAAACGGGAUUCCAAGGGGCAAUUCCCUUGCUCUGCCGCCGGGACUCCCUCCAGUCCAUAGCCCGCGGUACCCGGAAAUACAAGAUAACCAAAGUUGACAGAUUUGGACAUUUCCCUAUUUUGAAUCUUUGGCACAACUGGUUUUUCAGGAGCGGUACCAACUAAUUUACAGGAUGGAGAUUUCCUCACAUCAGUCUCAUCUGUUGCAACAACUUAAUGAACAGCGCAGGCAAGAUGUGUUUUGUGACUGCAGUAUUCUAGUUGAAGGGAAAGUCUUCAAAGCACAUAGAAACGUGCUAUUUGCAAGCAGUGGCUAUUUUAAAAUGCUUCUUUCUCAGAGCUCAAAGGAAACAAAUCAACCAACCACAGCUACAUUUCAAGCUUUCUCUCCUGACACUUUUACUGUUAUUCUAGACUUUGUAUAUUCAGGCAGACUUUCUCUCACUGGUCAGAAUGUCAUAGAAGUGAUGUCAGCUGCUAGUUUCCUUCAAAUGACUGAUGUCAUUAGUGUAUGUAAGACCUUCAUUAAGUCCUCACUUGAUAUAAGUGAGAAAGAGAAGGAUCGCUACUUCAGUCUCUCCGAUAAAGAUGCCAAUUCCAAUGGUGUAGCAGAACGUUCUUAUAGUGCUGGGUGGCAUGGAGAAAGCAGCCCUCCACAAUCUCAUUUAAGCCCGGAUCAAGGAACGUGUGCCAUGAGUGGCAAAUCUUGGAGUAAUUACAACUACUAUCCAACUUCCCAAUGGAACACUCAGCAACCCCCAACCAAACACGAACAAAGACAAGACUUGGUUAAAAAGUCCAGGCCUUUGGAGUUACCGCAGUCUACAGAUGUUCCUCAUUAUAAGUUAAGCAAACUUGAAGAUCGAACUUCUGAGGCUCCUAAUCACACCCCUCCAUCCGAAGAAAAAGUACAAAAUGAUGCUGGAAUUGACUGCUCUCAUGUGGGGCUUACAUAUGGCAAAGAAUCUGAUGUCACACCCAGAAGCCUGCCAGAUGCCCAUCAGGAACAAGAGUCCUCUCGAUCUACGUGCAAGUCACCUAAAACGGAUAAACCCUGUUCCAAAAUGCCUUUAAUUUUAGGUGUUAUGGGUAGCUGGAAUGAAGAUGAGCUGCCUAAAAUGAGAUUCAAAUGCCCGUUCUGCACACAUGUGGUGAAAAGGAAAGCAGACCUAAAGCGCCACCUUCGUUGCCAUACAGGAGAACGGCCUUACCCUUGUGAGGCCUGUGGGAAAAGAUUCAGCAGGCUAGACCAUCUAAGUAGCCAUUUUCGAACAAUUCAUCAGGCAUGCAAGCUAAUCUGCCGAAAAUGCAAGCGCCAUGUGACUGAUCUAACCGGGCAAGUGGUACAGGAGGGAACGAGGCGCUACAGACUGUGUAACGAGUGCCUUGCUGAAGCUGGCCUAGACAGCAUCCCCAUUAAUCUGGAAGCUGAACAACCACUUGUGUCCCCUUCAGAUGGAGAAAAGAAGUCCAAGUGGCAACUGAGUGAAGGGAAAAAAAAAUCUUAUGUGGAGAUUGUAGAGGAUGGGUCUGCGGAUCUGAUCAUACAACAGGUUGAUGAUAGUGAGGAUGAGAAAGAAGAAAAGGAAAUAAAGCCCAACAUUAGGAAACUGAUUUAAUUUGGAGUGAAGAUUACAAUAGUAGACAUUUUGUUCCAAUCACCAACUUCUGAAUUCUGUCACAACUGUCAAUGGAAGAGUGUUUAACUGAUGAGCUUGGAAUCUUGCAGAAACAAUAUGGAACAAAAAUUCUCCAUUUAAAUGCAGUUUUGCCUGGAGGCAGCAAAAUGAACGAAAUAACUUCUUGAAUUCUUUUGAGUUCUGUCAUCUUAAAGUUUCCUACCCUACAUCAUUUAAUUGUUUAUGUAAACAAACGAACAUAUAAACAAAGAAGAUGGCUUCUGCACAGCAAGUAACAUUCUUAACUUUUCCUCUAAACGUGGUUGUUAGUUCUGAAAUUUUCACUGAAGAUCAAAACUUAGAUACAGCAUUUAGUAACACUAGCUUUGAACAAUUAAGUCACUUAAAUGGAGUCUCUUUUCCUUAUCUAUAAAAUGGAAGCAGUGUAAUAUUAAGAGCUCAGGAUUUAGUGCCAGAGGACUUCAGUUUAAAUUUGUAACUGCUACUUACUAACUACAUGAUACCAGGCAAGUCACUUCAUACCUCUGGACCUCAGUUUCCUCAUCUGUCAGAUGAAAUGGUUGGACUACAUGACCUCUAAGGUUGCUUCUGGCUCUAAAUCUAUGAUCCUGUGAUUAAAUAUGUUUUUUUUAAUAUAAACUAAUUAGAACUUAGUAAAUGAUUUAAUUCCACAAAUAUUUAUUAGGUGUCUACUAUGUAAAAGGCACCAAUAGUUAUUGCCCUCAAGGAGGUUACAUUGUACUGACAGCUUCUGAGUUAUCAGAGAGUUGUCAGUUACUAAAUUCAUUAAAAAUUAUUUUUAUAAACCAUAUGGUCUGAUGAAUAUCCCUUUUUCCAUUUUCAGCUUUUGCAUUUAAUUUUUAAAGACUAUUAAAACAUUGAGAAGCAGUAUAUUAAAAAGUUUGAUUGGUAUAUUAUAUAACAUCAUUUCCAGAGUUUGACAUUCAGAUAUACCUGUAACUUUAAAUCAUAGGCAAGAAGUUCUAUAUUGCAUUUUGUUAGUAUUCAUAUUUAGCUUUUAUACUGCAUUUUCUAUUUGCCAAGUACUGUAAUAAUUAUUAUCCUUCAUAUAUACCUAUGAAAUAGGGCAGUUAUUUCACUUCAAAGAUAAGGACUCUGAGGCACAAGAUGUUUAUGCAACGUGUAAAUAACCAGUUAGUGGCAGAAAUGGAAACUAAAACUAUCAGAUUCUUGGAAUUCUAGAGUAUUAUGUACUGCUUAGUUCAUUAAACUGUAAUGUUUAUUACUUUAGUUUUAUAAGGUAACUUUCUACAAAUAACAUUCACCUGUUUUAAAGCAUUGUACGGAUAUACCAUAUACAAAAUAAAUAUUGUUCAUAUAUAAAGCACUUUUAACUCAAGAGUUUUGAAUGGUAUAUAAUUUAGAUGAUUACAAAAAUGGCAUUAAAAGUACAUUAAGACAUUCUGUAUAUUGUAUAAUGUAAUUCAUAUUAUGUCCAACCCCUUGAUGUUCAAAUCUUAAUUAAAUUUUAAUGCUAAUGAGUAUAGACUGGGAAAAGAAAAUGGUAAGAAGCCUCAAAUCUCAUGUUAGAUGUGUCAACAUGUCCCCAACCCACAAACUUUUUGGUUGGGUUUGUCAGCAGAUAGUUAAAAAAUAACAUCUCUUUUCCUUUUAAGGUCCAUCCUCUAAGAAAAAUGCUAAGCAAAUUACUUCCUUACUCAUUUUUAUUUUCUUUUCAGUUCUUUGUUCAUAUUUUUGUCCAAUUGUAGAGCGUUUGUGAAACAGCAUGUAUUCAUUUGUUCCAGGGACAGUGGUUUUAUUUAAUACUUUUGAGAGAGUGAAGAAGGUCCCCAGUACCGUGGGUGAACAACUGUAAAGAAAGAUAUGGACAAGAGUUCCACAUGAUGGGGUUUUGAUCUGCAGAGCUGGAAAGAAUACCCAUAUUGGUCACAUUACAGAUCCAUUUGGGUAUCACCCCAAAAAACUAGCCAUAAACCUAAAUGAAUAGGAUUUUAUGCAAACCACCACUUUGUUUCUACUUAAUUGUCUCAAUUUAAGGACAGCAAUUUGAUUUAUAUUGAACCCCUAAGAAUAGUCACCUUUUAUGAAAGGAUUUGAUGUCUGUUUAUUCUCAGGGGAGUUUGUUGGUUUUUUAAAUCGUUAUGAAGUGGAGACUGCAACAGGCUCCCUUGAGGGCCAAUCCUAUUUUUGAAAUGCUGAUUUACAAAUGAUUCUUAUGCCUACAAACUACUAUUACUUUAAAGAGAUGCUAUACAUUUAUGUCCAAAAUAAAGUUCAAUAUCUGCAUUGGAAAAA